AUGUCAGAGGGGGCGGGUACAUUCCGCGUGGUCCCUGAAGAAGAACAGGGGCUCCGCGCCCGGCUGGAGCUGCUUACCACCAAGGACCACGGGCCUGUCUUUGGCCCGUGCAGCAAGCUGCCCCCCCACACCUUGCAGAAGGCCAAGGACGAGCUGAACGAGAGGGAGGAGUCUAGGGAAGAGGCAGUGCGCCAGCUGCAGGAACUGGUGCGGGUGCAGGCGGCCUCGGGGCAGGAGCUGGCCCGCGCUGUGGCUGAGAAGGUACAGGACAGGGACAGCGCCUUCUUCCUACGCUUCAUCCGCGCGAGGAAGUUCGACGUGGGCCGCGCCUACGAGCUGCUCAGAGGCUACGUGCACUUCCGGCAGCAGCACCCCGAGCUCUUCGACGGCCUGUCCCUGGAGGCGGUCCGCUGCACUGUUGAGGCCGGCUACCCUGGGGUCCUCUCCAGCCGGGACAAGUAUGGACGCGUGGUCAUGCUGUUCAACAUCGAGAACUGGGACUGUGAAGAAAUCACCUUUGAUGAGAUCUUGCAGGCCUACUGUUUCAUCCUGGAGAAGCUGCUGGAGAAUGAGGAGACUCAAAUUAAUGGCUUCUGCAUCAUUGAGAACUUCAAGGGCUUCACCCUGCAGCAGGCUGCUGGGCUGCGGGCUGCCGAUCUCAGGAAGAUGGUGGACAUGCUCCAGGACUCCUUCCCAGCCCGGGUCAAAGCCAUCCACUUCAUGCAUCAGCCGUGGUACUUCACAGCGACCUACAAUGUGGUGCGGCCCUUUCUGAAGAGCAAGCUGCUCCAGAGGGUCUUUGUCCAUGGAGAUGACCUCUCCGGCUUCUUCCAGGAAAUUGACAAGGACAUCCUGCCCACCGACUUCGGGGGUACCCUGCCCAAGUAUGACGGCAAGGUCGUUGCUGAGCAGCUCUUUGGCCCCCGGGCCCAAGCCGAGAACACUGCCUUCUGA